GCAUAUAUUUACGCGUUUCCCGUUCUGAUCCCGAAGCCAGUCCUGCUCCCGAUGCCAGGCCUGAUCCCGAAGCCCGUCCUGCUCCCGAUGCCGGUCCUGAUCCCGAUGCCCGUCCUGAAAUCUGUGCCAGUCCUGAUACCGGUGCCAAUCCUGCUCCCGAUGCCAAUCCUGCUCCCGAUGCCAAGCCUGAUCCCGAUGCCAACCCUAUUCCCGAAGCCCGUCCUGAUACCGGUGCCUUUCCUGAUGCCAGAGCCCGUCCUGAUACCGGUGCCUUUCCUGAUGCCAGAGCCCGUCCUGAUACCGGUGCCAGUACUGAUACCGGUACCCGUCCUGAUAUCGGUGCCAGUACUGAUAUCGUUGCUAGUCCAGGUCCCGAUUGCUGUACCGAUUUCGAUCGCUGUCCUGACGCCGUUCCCGGUCCUGAUCCGUUCUGAUUUACAUUCAUUUUUUUAAAUGUUUUGUUUGGU